GGCUGGUUAAAGAAAGCACACCCCACCGCCUGCCGAACAUACCACAGAGUAGCAGAACGGAGGAACAGGCCUGGUGUAGGACUGAGGAGAAGUAAACAAGCAGCAGAACACAACUUUACGACUGACAGGUAAGGAUGCGCCGCUUUUAUCUUAAAACAUAUUUAUUUUUUAAUGUAGGCUAUUCUUAUGACAUAUCGGUCGCCCAUAACUUUUAUUUUUCUUCUUAGAAUUAUCUGUGAGUUAUGCCUGUGAUAAUGAUAGCGUUACAUAAAAAGUGAUGCAUGCGUAUGGCAUUGUAGGCAUUUAAAUGAUCUGUAUAGCAAAGUCAAUAUGACAGAUUAAAUUAACAUAGGGUUUGCUUACAUUUAAGAGUAUACAAAAAUUGAUAGAGUUUGCCCCAAUUAUUGGGGAAUAUAUGUAAUACUUUUGGAUGGUAAAUAGACCUGCACAUACAGGAAAAAUAAAAUAAAAUGUGCCAUUAAACUACAACAAAGAAACAUAUGGAGUAAGACUGGAUGGAUGGACAGAAGGACAGGGACACAGAUGGACAGAUGGACAGAAGGACAGGGACACAGAUGGACAGGGACACAGAUGGACAGGGACACAGAUGGACAGGGACACAGAAGGACAGGGACACAGGUGGACAGGGACACAGAUGGACAGGGACACAGAUGGACAGGGACAUAGAUGGACAGGGACACAGAAGGACAGGGACACAGGUGGACAGGGACACAGAUGGACAGGGACACAGAUGGACAGGGACACAGAAGGACAGGGACACAGAAGGACAGGGACACAGAUGGACAGAUGGACAGAAGGACAGGGACACAGAUGGACAGGGACACAGAUGGACAGGGACACAGAAGGACAGGGAAACAGAUGGACAGGGUCACAGAUGGACAGGGACACAGAAGGACAGGGACACAGAUGGACAGGGACACAGAUGGACAGGGACACAGAAGGACAGGGACACAGGUGGACAGGGACACAGAAGGAUAGGGACACAGAAAGACAGGGAAACAGAUGGACAGGGUCACAGAUGGACAGGGACACAGGUGGCCAGAUGGACAGAAGGACAGGGACACAGAAGGACAGAUGGACAGAAGGACAGGGACACAGAUGGACAGGGACACAGAAGGACAGGGACACAGGUGGCCAGGGACACAGAAGGAUAGGGACACAGAAGGACAGGGAAACAGAUGGACAGGGUCACAGAUGGACAGGGACACAGGUGGCCAGAUGGACAGAAGGACAGGGACACAGAAGGACAGAUGGACAGAAGGACAGGGACACAGAUGGACAGGGACACAGAUGGACAGGGACACAGAUGGACAGGUGGACAGAUGGACAGGGACACAGAUGGACAGGGACACAGGUGGACAGAAGGACAGGGACACAGGUGGCCAGAUGGACAGUGUUAAUAUUUCUGGCCUCAUAUAACAUUGUUUUAACAGAGGAUUGUGACCGUGCAGUAGUGAUUGAGGGGGAAGCUAGAAAGAAGAGGCCAUUUACAGUACCUCCAGCGCCCCCAACAGGACACAGUUUUAUUGUAACCCUCGACAACCUGAUUUAACUUGUCAACUAAUCAUCAAGCCCUCAAUGAGUUGAAUGAGGUGUGUUUGUCAAGGACUACAACGAAUCUGUGUACUGUUGGGGGUACUCGAGGACCAGGGUUGGGAAACAUUGAGUCAUACAGUAUACAACUAAACAGGACUGGCCUUGUGUGCGUGUGAAAUGCUGUGUCAGUAUUUGUAUUUAUUAUGGAUCCCCAUUAGCUGCUGGGGUCCGGCAAAAUUAAGGCAGUUAUACCAUUUUUAAAACAUUACAAUACAUUCAUAACGGAUUUCACAACACACCAAGUGUGUGCCCUCAGGCCCCUACUCUACUACCACAUAUCUACAACACAACAUCCACGUGUACCUGUGUGUAUAGUGUGUAUGUUAUCAUGUGUGUGUAUGCAUGUGUCUGUGCCUAUGUUGGUGUUGCUUUACGGUCCCCGCUGUUCCAUAAGGUGUAUUUUUACCUGUUUUUUUUUUUCAAUCUGAUUCUACUGCUUGCAUCAGUUACCUGAUGUGGAAUAGAGUUCCAUGUAGUCAUGGCUCUAUGUAGUACUGUGCGCCUCCCAUAGUCUGUUCUGGACUUGGGGACUGUGAAGAGACCUCUGGUGGCAUGUCUUGUGGGGUAUGCAAGGGUGUCUGAGCUGUGUGCUAGUAGUUUAAACAGACAGCUCGGUGCUUUCAACAUGUCAGUCUUCUCACAAAUAUAAGUAGCGAUGAAGUUAACCUCUCCUCCACAUUGAGCCAGGAGAGAUUGACAUGCAUAUUAUGAAUGUUUGCUCUACAGUAUGUCUGUCACGAUCGUCUAUAAAGGGAGCAGACCAAUACGCAGCGCGUUGAGUGAACAUGAUGACUUCAUUUAAAUAAAAGCAACCACGAAAACAACAAACAAAUGACGAUAGUGAAGUCCUACAGUGACUAUGACUGAACCUGGAACAAAAACCCACAAUUCCCACAGGAAAACAAUCAGAAUAAAUAUGGCUCCCAAUCAGAGAUAACGAGCCGACAGCUGACACUCGUUACCUCCGAUUGGGAGUCAUCGACCAAACCUAGAAAUAAACCCCACAGAACUGCAAACAUAGAAAUACACCCAAAUUCCAACAUAACCAAACCAAACCCCAACAAAACAAAUACACCCUGGCUCAAAUAUAAAAGUCCCGGAGCCAGAGUGUCACAAUGUCUAUAUCCAAGGGCCAGCCGUGCUGCCCUGUUCUGAGCCAAUUGUAAUUUUCCUAAGUCCCUCUUUGUGGCACCUGACCACACGACUGAACAGUAGUCUAGGUGCAACAAAACUAUGGCCUGUAGGACCUGCCUUGUUGAUAGUGCUGUUAAAAAGAUAGAGCAGCGCUUUAAAAUGGACAGACUUCUCCCCAUCUUAGCUACUGUUGUAUCAAUAUGUUUUGACCAUGACAGUUUACAAUCCAGGGUUACUCCAAGCAGUUUAGUCACCUCAACUUGCUCAAUUUCCACAUUAUUUAUUACAAUUUAGUUGAGGUUUAGUGAAUGAUUUGUCCCAAAUACAAUGCUUUUAGUUUUUGAAAUAUGUAGGACUAACUUAUUCCUUGCCACUCAUUCUGAAACUAACUGCAGCUCUUUGUUAAGUGUUACAGUCAUUUCAGUCGCUGUAGUAGCUGACAUGUAUAGUGUUGAGUCAUCCGCAUAUAUAGAUACAUUGGCUUUACUCAAAGCCAGUGUCAUGUCGUUAAUAAAGAUUGAAAAAAGUACGGUGCCUAGACAGCUGCCCCGGGGGAAAUUUCCGAUUUACCUGGGAUUUUUGGAAGGCUACAAUUUAAAGAACGCCCCCGUGUUCUGUUAACAGGUAACUCUUUAUCCCCAAAUAGCUCAUGGGCCCCCUGCCAAAAAAAGGAGCGUGAGCGGCGAGAGGAGAGAGGGGGAAGAGAAGAGAGAGAGAGCACUGACGAGACGAGAGAAAGGAAGAGAAGAGAGCGAGAGAGAAGAGAGAGAGAAAGGGGGAAACACGUACGAAGGGAGCAGACGAGAGAGGAGAAGCCAAGAGAAGAGAGGAGAGAGAAGAAGACACUGAGCAAGUGAAGAGAACGAGCGAGCAGAGAAGGCGGGGGAGAAAAGAGAGAGAAGAGAGAGAGAGAAGAGAGAGAUAGGAGAGGAUGAGAGAGAGGAAGGGAGGGGAGAGAGAGAGAGAGGAGCGAAGCCGUGACGGAGGCGAAAAGGGGGGGAGAGAGAGCCCAAUAAACUAACCGUGGAAUAGCGUCAACACAAACCCUUUGGGGGAAAACCUCUCUUAUCAUUUAAGCGACAUUCAUUUUUCCUCAGUAAAAAAAGUACUGGGAGCAAAAUUAAAAAGGCUUUUUUUCCAAAUUACCGUCACAACCACGUAUUCACCCUGCACACCCUAAUUGAUAAACAAACAAACCAAAACAAAGGCAAAGUCUUCUCAUGCUUUGUUGAUUUCCAAAAAGCUUUUGACUCAAUUUGGCAUGAGGGUCUGCUAUACAAAUUGAUGGAAAGUGGGGUUGGGGGAAAAAACAUACGACAUUAUAAAAUCCAUGUACACAAACAACAAGUGUGCGGUUAAAAAUUGGCAAAAAAACACACACAUUUCUUUCCACAGGGCCGUGGGGUGAGACAGGGAUGCAGUUUAGCCCCACCCUCUUCAACAUAUAUAUCAACGAAUUGGCGAGUGGCACUAGAACAGUCUGCAGCACCCCGGCCUCACCCUACUAGAAUCUGAAGUCAAAUGUCUUCUGUUUGCUGAUGAUCUGGUGCUUCUGUCACCAACCAAGGAGGUGCUACAGCAGCACCUAGAUCUUCUGCACAGAUUAUGUCAGACCUGGGCCCUGACAGUAAAUCUCAGUAAGACAAAAAUAAUGGUGUUUCCAAAAAAGGUCCAGUUGCCAGGACCACAAAUACAAAUUCCAUCUAGACAAACCGUUGCCCUAGAGCACACCAAAAACUAUACAUACCUCGGCCUAAACAUCAGCGCCACAGGUAACUUCCACAAAGCUGAGAACGAUCUGAGAGACAAGGCAAGAAGGGCCUUCUAUGCCAUCAAAAGGAACAUAAAAUUUGACCAUACCAAUUAGGAUCUGGCUAAAAAUACUUGAAUCAGUUAUAGAACCCAUUGCCCUUUAUGGUUCUGAGGUCUGGGGUCCGCUCACCAACCAAGAAUUCACAAAAUGGGACAAACACCUAAUUGAGACUGCAUGCAGAAUUCUGCAAAAACAUCCUCCGUGUACAACGUAAAACACCAAAUAAUGCAUGCAGAGUAGAAUUAGGCCAAUACCCGCUAAUUAUCAAAAUCCAGAAAAGAGCCGUUAAAUUCUAUAACCCACUUAAAAGGAAGCGAUUCCCAAACCUUCCAUAACAAAGCCAUCACCUACAGAGAGAUGAACGUGGAGAAGAGUCCCCUAAGUAAGCUUGUCCUGGGGCUCUGUUCACAAACACAAACAGACCCCACUCAGCCCCAGGACAACAACAACAACACAAUUAGACCCAACCAAAUCAUGAGAAAACAAAAAGAGAAUUACUUGACACAUUGGAAAGAACAAACAAAAAAACUGAGCAAACUCGAAUGCUAUUUGGCCCUAAGCAGAGAGUACACAGUGGCAGAAUACCUGACCACUGUGACUGACCCAAACUUAAGGAAAGCUUUGACUAUGUACAGACUCAGUGAGCAUAGCCUUGCUAUUGAGAAAGGCCGCCGUAGGCAGACCUGGCUCUCAAGAGAAGACAGGCUAUGUGCACACUGCCCACAAAAUGAGGUGGAAACUGAGCUGCACUUCCUAACCUCCUGCCAAAUGUAUGACCAUAUUAGAGACACAUAUUUCCCUCAGAUUACAGCGAUCCACAAAGAAUUCGAAAACAAACCCAAUUUUGAUAAACUCCCUUAUCUACUGGGUGAAAAACCACAGUGUGCCAUCACAGCAGCAAGAUUUGUGACCUGUUGCCACAAGAAAAGGGCAACCAGUGAAGAACAAACACCAUUCUAAGUACAACCCAUAUUUAUGUUUAUUUAUUUUCCCAUUUGUACUUUAACUAUUUGCACAUUGUUACACAAACACACUGUAUAUAAUACAUAAUAUGACAUUUGAAAUGUCCUUUAUUCUUUUGAACUUCUGAGUGUAAUGGGUUUAUGUUAAAUAUUUAUUGUUUUAUUUCAUUUUGUUUACUAAUCUACUUCACUUCUUUGGGCAAUGUUAACACAACGUUCCAUGCCCAUAAAGGCCCUUAAAUUGAAAUUGAAAUUUGGAAAUUGAAUUGAGAGCAGAGAGGCGAGAGCGAAUCAUAGAGAGAGAGAGAGAGGAGAAGAGAGAGAGGGAGAGAGAGAGAGAGAGAGAUAUCGAGAGAUAACUGAGAUAUUCGAUAUAAGAGACAUACAGACAGGAGAUAGAGAGAGAGGAGAGACAAAAAGAGAGAGAGAGAGAGAGAGAAUAGAGCGACGAGACAGACGAGAGAGAUAGAGCUACAGACAGACAGGCAUACAGACAGGACAACAGACAACAGACAUACAUACAGACAGAACAUACAACAGACCAAUACCGACCGACAGAGAGAGAGAGAGAGAGGAUAGAGAGAGAGAGAGAGAUCGAGAAGAAGAGAUAGAGAAAGAAGAGAGAGAGAGAGAGAGAGAGAGAGAGAGUGAGAGGAAACAAACAACCAAACAGAUAAAAGUCAGGAGUUGGCCCAGUUCACAGGAUGUUUAUGUACUUGUGGUGUGUGUGUGUGUGUGUGUGAGAAUCAUGUGGACAUUUCAGGGGACAGCUUAACAACAGUCCCCCCAGGGGAGCGUAGACUGGAAGAGACACAGCAUUGUACGUCACUGAGACAGACAAAAACGGUUGCAGAGAAUCAUGAAUCUCAUUCUGAACGUUGCGUAAAUGUAAUGAAAUCAAUAUCAUAUAACACCAGUGAAGUAUGCUGAGAACGACAACUGUGUUACGUAAUAUGAUACAGACAAAAAAAGCCUAAAAUAAUUGAUUUGUAAUACUAUUCCUAGGGUUUCAUUGUUUAUUGUAUGAUAAGACCAAAAACAUGAAGGUGGAAAUACCCUAAGCAUGGUACAUGUGUUGGGUGGUGAGCUCAUGGAGGUGUGAUGUUGUGUUCUGCCGCACGUGAUUUCUUGUAAAAGGCAAGGCACUAUUAUUCUAGAAACUUCCAGGAGCCAUGUUAGAUCACGCAGGGCACGUGGUGCUUACGAAAUAACAUGUUUAUAAAAGCCAAAAUGAGAUAUCAGUUCAGUCACAUGUAAAAUAUAAAGGUGCUUCAGUCACAGGUAAAACAUAAAGGUGCUUCAGUCACAGAUAAAACAUAAAGGUGCUUCAGUCACAGAUAAAACAUAAAGGUGCUUCAGUCACAGAUAAAAUAUAAAGGUGCUUCAGUCACAGAUAAAACAUAAAGGUGCUUCAGUCACAGAUAGAACAUAAAGGUGUUUCAGUCACAGAUAAAACAUAAAGGUGCUUCAGUCACAGAUAAAACAUAAAGGUGCUUCAGUCACAGAUUAAACAUAAAGGUGUUUCAGUCACAGAUAGAACAUAAAGGUGCUUCAUAGUAGUAGGUGUUGUUAUUAUGUUGUAAUAAUUUAGAAACGUUUUGACGGCACCCCGGAAUUGGUAUUCAGAUGUUUCACCUAGUUUCACCGGUGUGUGUGUGUGUGUGUGUGUGUGUGUGUGUGUGUGUGUGUGUGUGAGAGAGAGAGUCUGUUUUUAUUGUGUGUGUAUGCUGAUAUACAGUACAUUAUCAAAUGUUUUUACGUUGUGUAUGGUGUGUUAACAUGAGCGUGUUCACCUGUCACCCCCCUGUAGGUGACAGAGGAUGUCCAGGGCUGACUGGUCCUUCCUGGAGCACCUGUUGGAGGAGGGGCAGGAGUAUAGCACCGGGGUGGGCCGUGUCUGGCUCACUGUCCUCUUCCUGUUCCGCAUGCUGGUCCUGGGCACCGCCGCAGAGUCAGCCUGGGACGACGAACAGGUCGACUUCGUCUGUAAUACCAGGCAACCUGGAUGUACCGCCGUGUGUUACGACAAAGCCUUCCCCAUAUCACAUUACCGGUAUUUUGUCCUCCAGGUUAUUUUUGUUUCGACACCGACUGUUUUUUACUUUGGAUAUGUGGCCAUGAGGAAGAAGAAGAAAGAGGAGGAGGAGGAGAGGACAGAGGAGAGGACGGAGGAGGGAGGUGGUGGUGAGGGAGGGGAGAGGGGAGGAGUAAAGAAGGAUAGGGAGAAGAAGAGGGAGGUGAGAAAGGGGGAUGAGAUCGAAGAACCAGAGGAGGAGAAAGGAGGGGGAAAGGUGGUGAACCCUAAGCUGAAGGGACGUCUUCUCUGUGCCUACGCCACCAGCAUCCUCCUCAAGGUCCUCCUGGAGGUCGGCUUCAUCGUCGGACUAUGGUACCUCUACGGCUUCGUGAUCCCGGCCCGGUUCGAGUGCGUCCGGGCCCCCUGUCCUCACACGGUGGACUGCUUCGUCUCCAGACCCACGGAGAAGACCAUCUUCACCAUCUACACCCAGGCCAUCGCUGGAGUCUCUCUCCUUCUCAACCUGGUAGAACUCCUCCACCUCCUCCAGCUAGCCAUCACCCACCACCUGGAGAAACGCUAUGCCCAGGAGCAGUACACCUUUCCUGGCAUAGCCGGGGUCCGAAUCCAGCCUGACGCUCCAGGGCUGGAGAUGGAGAUGCAGCGAGCUCCGUCUUACCAGGAGAAGGGCCAUCUGUAUUUGCCCAUGGGGGAGGACGGCUACGCCAAGCCCAGUGAGAGUUAUCUGGACCUGGGGUCGAGAGCAGGGAUGGACCCUGGUGGUGACCUGCUCCCCAGUUAUCUGAACUGUAUGGGGGUGAUGAGGACUACACACUCUUCAGGGAGAGCGCACCCUAAGAAAUACAACACACAACACACACAUAGCAACAGCAAACACAGUAAGGGUGCCCAGAAGGGACACAGCAACAAACACAGUAAGCAUUAUGUAUGAGGAAACAUGAGAGGUUUGGGUUCUGUGGUCCUCUGUAGCUCAAUUGGUAGAGCAUGGCGCUUGUAACGCCAGGGUAGUGGGUUCGAUCCCCGGGACCACCCAUACGUAAAAAUGUAUGCACACAUGACUGUAAGUCGCUUUGGAUAAAAUCGUCUGCUAAAUGGCAUAUUAUUAUUAUUUAUUAUUUAAUAGGAAUAAGCCAUGUGCCACUACAGACUGACACAGUCAGUUCCAAGGGGGUUGGAGUGCCCUUCCAAGGGGGGUUGGGGUGCCCUUCCAAGGGGGGUUGGGGUGCCCUUCCAAGGGGGGUUGGGGUGCCCUUCCAAGGGGGGUUGGAGUGCCCUUCCAAGGGGGGUGGGGGUGCCCUUCCAAGGGGGGUUGGAGUGCCCUUCCAAGGGGGGUUGGGGGGCCCUUCCAAGGGGGUUGGGGUGCCCUUCCAAGGGGGGUUGGGGUGCCCUUCCAAGGGGGGUUGGGGUGCCCUUCCAAGGGGGGUUGGGGUGCCCUUCCAAGGGGGGUUGGGGUGCCCUUCCAAGGGGGGUUGGAGUUUCCAAGGAAACAAAUGCACAAGAAUAAGGAAACACUUUACUUUGACAUAUAUCGCAUUAUUAUAUGGCUGUUAUAACACAUAUAUAAGAGUGUAAAAACCCACAAAACCUACCACGGUAGUUAUUUAAUGGCUCGUUAUAACACAUACAGUACCAGUCAAAGGUUUGGACACACCGACUCAUUCAAGGGUUUUUAUUUUAUUUUACUAUUUUCUACAUUGUAGGAUAAUAGUGAUGACAUCAAAACUAUGAGAUAACACAUAUGGAAUCAUGUAGUAACCAGAUAAGUGUUAAACAAAUCAAAAUAUAUUUUAGAUUUUGGAUUCUUCAAAGUAGCCACCCUGUGCAUUGACGACAGCAUUGCACAUUCUUGGCAUUCUCUCAACCAGCUUCACCUGGAAUGCUUUUCCAACAGUCUUGGAGUUCCCACAUAUGCUGAGCACUUGUUGGCUGUUUUUCCUUCACUCUGCGGUCCAACUCAUCCCAAACCAUCUCAAUUGGGUUGAGGUCGGGUGAUUGUGGAGACCAGGUCAUCUGAUGCAGCACUCCAUCACUCUCCUUCUUGGUCAAAUAGCCCUUACACAGCCUGGAGGUGUGUUGGGUCAUUGUCCUGUUGAAAAGCAAAUGAUAGUCCCACUAAGCGCAAACCAGAUGGGAUGGCGUCUCGCUGCAGAAUGCUGUGGUAGCCAUAAUGGUUAAGUGUGCCUUGAAUUCUAAAUAAAUAACCGACAGUGUCACCAGCAAAGCACCCUCACAUCAUAACACCUCCCCCUCCAUGCUUCAUGGUGGGAACCUCACAUGCAAGAUCAUCCAUUACCCUACUCUUUAUCUCUCACAAAGACACUGUGGUUGGAACCAAAGUCUCAAAUUUGGAUUAAUCAGACCAAAAGACAGAUUUCCACCGGUCUAAUGUCCAUUGCGCAUGUUUCUUGGCCCAAGCAAGUCUCUUCUUCUUAUUGGUGUUCUUUAAUAGUGGUUUCUUUGCAGCAAUUCGACCAUGAAAGGCCUGAUUCAUGCAGUCUCCUCUGAAAAGUUGAUGUUGAGAUGUGUCUGUUACUUGAACUCUGUGAAGCACUUAUUUGGUCUGCAAUCUGAGGUGCCGUUAACUCUAAUGAACUUAUCCUCUACAGCAGAAGUAACUUUGGGUUUUCCUGUCCUGUGGCGGUCCUCAUGAGAGCCAGUUUCAUCAUAGCGCUUGAUGGUUUUUACAACUGCACUUGAAGAAACUUUCAAAGUACUUGAAAAAACCCAGAUUGACUGACCUUCAUGUCUUAAAGUAGUGAUGGACUGUCAUUUCUCUUUGCUUAUUUGAGCUGUUCUUGCCAUAAUAUGGACUUGGUAUUUUACCAAAUAGGGCUAUCUUCUGUCACAACACAACUGAUUGGCUCAAACACAUUAAGAAGGAAAGAAAUUCCACGAAUUAACUUUUCACAACACACACCUCUUAAUUUAAAUGCAUUCCAGGUGACUACCUCAUGAAGCUGGUUGAGAGAAUGCCAAGAGUGUGCAAAGCUGUCAUCAAGGCAAAGGGUGGCUACUUUGAAGAAUCUCAAAUAUAAAAUAUAUUUUGAUUUGUUUAACACUUUUUUGGUUACUACAUGAUUCCAUAUGUGUUAUUUCACAGUUGUGAUGUCUUCACUAUUAUUCUACAUUCAUAAAAAUGAAGAAAAACCCUGGAAACACUAGGUGUCCAAACAAAACCUACCACACCAGGCAAAACAUUACAUUACACCAUAGCCUACUUGUCAACAGUGUGUUUAUGUAAUAUAUAUUUUUUAAUUGACCAUAUUAAAUUAUCAUUGUAAUUGCGCACACACAGACAUGCACUGACCCCAAUGCUCUGUUGCUGAUGACUGGGAUGAAUGCAGGAGCAGAUUUCAGGAGCAAGACAAGACACCCUGUUUUUGACUGAUGACUGACAUAAGGGCAUGUAGGUGAUAGGCCCAUCUGGCUUAUAUGAUUAUGAUGGUCAUAAUGCUUCAUGACAGUGGCAUAAAGUGUAUUUUCUACUAGUUAUUUAAAAUAUGAUGAACAAAACAUGACUGUAAAUAAUUAAUGACAACAACAACAAAGGAUUUAAGAAACACACUUUCAUAGAAAAUAAAGUUCUUGGCAGGAAAAAAAAAAAAAACUAAUUUGAAUAAAUGUGGGUUUUGACACUCUUAUGUAGGUAUCAUAACCAGCCAUAAAAUAACGCAAUAUAUUUUACAUUUACAUUUACGUCAUUUAGCAGACGCUCUUAUCCAGAGCGACUUACAGGAGCAAUUAGGGUUAAGUGCCUUGCUCAAGGGCACAUCGACAGAUUUUUCACCUAGUCGGCUCGGGGAUUAGAACCAGCGACCUUUCGGUUACUGGCACUAUGCUCUUAACCACUAAGCUACCUGCUGGCCUGUUAUGACAUGGUUAUGACAUGGUUAUGACCGUGUUAUUACAGUAAAGUGUCACCGAUUGUAUUGUACAACAUUUGCCUUGAAGACCAAAGACAAUGCAGUGGGACUAGAUUAGAUCUUGCUUUAUUCAAAUGGGAACAUGAGAACCUUUCCUCAGGGGAGGAAUAAGAUCCUGGAUCAUGGAACACUAGAGAAUGGGAAAACAAUGAACAUUGGAACAGUGAAUGGAUGUAGUAUAAUUCAGCCAUUUCCACUUUAGGAAUCCUUCUAUUCCAACGGGAAUGGGAUAAGCCUAUGCACUUGCUGAAUGUGACAAUGGAAAAAAUAACUUGGCUUGGGAUUCCAUGGGGAAAACAGCCUACAGGCUCCAUGCAGUGCAGUGGGGUUUUGUGGGAAAGCGUGGGGGGGGGGGGGGGGGGGGGUAUGGUUAUGUCCCAAAAUGGCACCCUAUUCCCUACAUAGUACAUUACUUUUGACCAGAGCAUCAUGGACCCUUAGACAAAAGUAACACACUAUGUAGGGAUUAGGGUGCCAUUUUGGGACACAUUCUAUGUGUUCUUAAGCAUGUUCCCUGAGGGAUUACUGUGACCUCAGAAUGCUGCUGGAGCCAAUGGAAUGUGCCGGACUACCCUGCCUCCCCAGAGACUAGUGGCCAAACACACCACACACACACACACGGACAAACACACACACACACACACACACGGACACGGACACGGACAAGCACACACACUGGCAAUCAUGCACACACAGAAGCGGGCACGCGCACACACACAGGCAAACACACACACACACACACACAGGCAAACUACAUGCACCCUUGUCCCCUCUUCAGCUGUGGCUUGGAGUCGGGAGAGGGGGGCCAGAACCAUGGUAUGCUGGGAUUGAUGGUCGCCAGUGACCAAAACAUGAAGAAUGAGGGAUGGAGGGAAAGAGACUGGGGGAGGGCGUGGGUAUGGAGAGAGCGAUGGAAAGAGAGAAAGGGUAUGUUCAAUGAAAAUGACUGUUUGACUGAUUCUUUUUAAGUUGAUUGCCUGUGA